AUGUUGCCAUGUUGCCAGGAUGGAGACCAGGGUAUUUUGUGGAGCGUUCAUCAAUCUCCCAAGACGUUGAACUUGGGAACGCACGGUGUUCCGGUCAGUCCUGGUUGCCAGGAAUCAAUAUACCGGGCCAGAUACAAAGCGCCACGUCAGUCUCUGAGCUUUGGUACAGCUGCACUCGGUGGCAUGUGGAAGGUGUCACAGUUCGUGUCGGUGGCGACCACCGCGCAGCAGCCAGAUCCUAUCAUUUCCGCCAAAAAGAGCAAGUGGGUGAUAAUGAACCAUACAGAUCGACGGGACAAAUGUAGGAUCCCUCCUCUGCAGGUGGGAGAGAUCAGCUGA